CGGGAAGCGCUCACUUCCACUUUGCCGAGGGAAGCAUUCCCGCAGAGAGCUCGACGAGCCGGGUCUUCUGAGCUCUUGCGAAUCCCGGGGCAGCGGUCACGGGCGCCGUGGACACAGUCGACGCAUCUGUGAGUGGUGCUCUGGUCCUCAGUCGGACGUGGAGCUCUUAGGGGGUGGUCGUCGAGAGCACUGGGCAAAGGGCCUUGGUCCUGAGCCAAGAAGUUUUGGGGUGUGGAGGCUAAAUCUGGUCCCUGUUAUAUUUGGCCAGAGAGCCAAGUCAUUGCAAGUGGGAGAGAAAAUCCAAUCCUUAUUUCUCUGACUUGGCCACUAGCAGAAGUGAGUCAUAAUUUCUCAGAAGUCAUCAUGAAUUCCAUGAAACCUGAAGAGAACAAGUCAUUCACUGCUACAGAAAAUGGCCAGAGUAGCAGACCUGAAGAUUCGAAGGGCACUGUCAUGAGGCAGACGUGUCCUGGCACGUGUCCUGCUGCUCAUUCUCUGUCUGACAGUAAAGAGUGGAACAGGCCCCUUAAGCUUAAAAGUGAAGGCAAGCAUGGAGCGUCUGUGGAAAUUCAGAACCCAGACUUGAGCACCGGUAAAAAAUGUUCUUUUACUUUUAGCUUGAGUGAAAGCUCCAAGAAAUCAGACCGCAGUGUGUUUACAGCACAUGGUAAGCUCACCGAGAAUAUCAACUCAGCCCUGAGAGCUAAUGGCAACUUCAGGGAAAGGAUGGAGAAUCAUUUUAAUAAGAACAUCCUUGUUUAUGAAGAAAAAACAAUAGGCGGAUAUGUAAAUUUAGGAAUGCCUCUCAAGUGCCUACCUAAACAUUCCCAUUUUAAAAUAACACUUGGUCAAAAAAAGAGUAACCAGGAAAACGAUCCGAUGUUUCGGCAGUGUGAAAACCCAAACAUGGAAUGCGUUCUUUUUCACGUUGUUUCUGUUGGAAAGAAUGUGAAGAAGAUUCUCAAGAUGAAGGAACUUCAUGAAAGAGGAAGUACACUUUGUAUCUAUGCCUUAAAGGGUGAGACUAUCAAAGAAGCUCUGAGCAAGGAUGGCCGAUUUCGUUCUGACCUUGACGAAUUUGAAUGGAGAGUAAUGGAAGAUCAUCAGAAAAUUCAUGGAAAAGAGUCCCUGGUGGAUGAAGUAUCUGGAAAAACCUUAGAAAUGGACAUUUUUAAGAAACGGGUCAGAAAAGAUGGCCCUAAAAAAAGUAAACAGGAGAGUGAAAAUGCCCCUGAUGAAAUCAAUCCCAGGGAUCAGACACAGUCUGGGAUCAAAGAACACGAACCAGAGACAGAUGGGGAGACUGAAGAGGUGGAGUCCAACAGAGAAAAAACGAUCCCACCUCAGAGUCUGGGGCAUGAUAUUGCAGGUAAAAAACGACGUACAAUUUCCAGAAUUAAGAGUUAUUACCGUAAUAGACUCAACAGAAAACACUGGGGGAACAACUCAAGACGUAGGCAAAGGCCCCAUGUGAGUAUGCAGCAUGUUAUGAAUCAAGCUAUCCCGAGGAUGGCAAUUAACCUGUGGCUAAAGAAUUGUCGAAUGUUGGACAAAGGUAUAAUGGAUCAAUAUCCAAAUUUUAAUCGGGAGGCACUUUGGAUGAGAAAGUAUUUUCAGGAUGAACAGAAGAGAACCAAACUGACGCCGUUUCAACAAUUCAACGUAUAUAAAAAGUAUUUUGGAAAAGUGACGGAAAAUUCCACUUCAGUUGCAACCUGUGAAGAUCUUAUUCAUCUUAGUAAGUCCGUUGGGUUCUUGAAAUGGGAAAAUAAUGGAAACACAGGGACUGGUACUUGCUUUGUCUACAAUCAUGGUUAUAUUUUCACCUGUCGACAUAUAAUACAAUUUAUGGUGGGGGAUGGCACAGAUCCAAGUUUGUGGCCAGGUAUAAUAAGCAAAUGUGCAAAGGUAUCUUUUGCUUAUAAAAGGUUCUGCCCUAUCAAUAUUGAUUGGUAUGACAUUGAGCCAUGGUUUGAAGUGUCUGAUGGACCUCUAGAUUAUGCCAUUUUAAAGCUAAGCGAAAAUGGAAAUGGAUUUCCUCCGGGCCUGUUUGGACGAGUUUCCUCUCAACCGUCUAGUGGCUUGAUUUAUAUAAUUGGUCACCCAGAAGGCCAGGUCAAGAAGAUAGAUGGCUGUGCUGUGAUUCCUCUAAAUCAGCGGUUAGAGAGGUACCCAGAACAACACCAAGAUGGGAUGGUUGGACCCCAAGCUGCCCCUUCUAAUGCUUUCUCCAUGUUCACCCAAAGAAGUUUCCUACCAGAAGUUUGGAGCACUGAUACACUUAGCUAUGACACCUGCUUUUCCAGUGGGUCCUCGGGCUCCCCAGUGUUUAAUACAUCUGGCGAAUUGGUUGCUAUGCACACUGUUGGGCAUUUUUAUAAACGUGGAGAUAUAGUCCAUGCCCUUAUUGAAUAUGGCUAUUCUAUGUAUUCAAUUCUUCGUGAUGUUGAACAGAAAAAUGAGAGGUUGUGUAAAUUCUUAAUGGAAGAGACAAACGAGAACCAUAACAAAGACAAUAACAAACAGGAGUUGUCAUUUCAAUCUCAUCAGAUUGUACCCAUGGAACAAUAGAAAAAUAUGUUUUAUUCUAGAAAAUAUGCCAAUAAUUUAGAGUAUUUGGGGCUGUUUCCUUAAAGUAUAAUGCAUAUUCUUUGUAUUUGUUGAAAAUAUUUUAUGUAAUUAUUUGUCAGAGAGAGAGCGAGCUCUAGCAGGGGGAGCGGGAGGCAGAGGGAGAAGCAGGCUUCCUACGAAGCAAGUGUCACAUAUACCCUGAUGUUU